UUACUCAGCCUGCUGUUGAAAACAAUAAUGACUCUGAUGAGUUUGUUUCAGAUAAUGAAUUUGAAAGUAAAUAUGAAGAAGAAGAGCUAGAAGAUAGACUCUUCGGUUAUUCAGAAGAAGAAGAGCAAUAG